CGGGAGCCCCUCCCUCCAGGGGGCGUGGCCGGGCCUUCUCUUCCUGUCUUCCCACGACAGGCCUGUGAGGAGACGAGGCCCCGGCCUUUCCCUCAGGCGCGGCCAUGGCGGUGAUCGAGGGCGUCGGGGACGAGGUGACGGCGCUGUUCGGGCUGCUGGCGGCGCUGCUGGUCCUGGCGCUGGCCUGGUUCUCCACGCGGACGGCGGGGGCCCACUCCUCGGCGCAGCAGGCCUCCUCGCCUCAGGAGGAGCCUCCCGGCGGGCAGGCGGUGGUCGACCCAGGCCGGGACGGGGAAGAAGCCGGGGAGCAGUCCCCGGACGGCCAAGGGGGAGCGGGGCCCUCGGCGGGGCUCAGGCACCGCGCCCACCCCAGCCCCGCCCCCCAGGAGCCAUCCACAACAACAACAACAACAGCAACAACAACAACACCAACACUCCCGCCGGGACCCGAGCCCAGAGGCGGCGGGGCCUUCGUCCUGCGCCUCAAGUUCCUCAACGACACCGAGCGCCUGGCCCGCGUCCGCCCCGAGGACACCGUCGGAGCCCUCAAGAGGGCCCAAUUCCCGGGGCAGGAGCAGCUGGUGCGGCUGAUCUUCCAGGGGCAGCUGCUGGGGGAUGACACACAGACGCUGGGGGCCCUGCAGCUGAGCGACCGCAGCGUGCUGCACUGCUACAUCUCCUCGCAGCGCCACCGGGCGGAGCAGCAGCCCCAGGGCGGAGGGCCCCGCUCUCACCUGGGCCACAGCCCCGCCCUGCAGGUGGGCAGCCUGAUGAUGCCACUCUUUGUGCUGAUGCUGGGGGCCCUCUGGUACUUCCAGCUGCAGUACCGGCACCUCUUCACCGCCACGGCCACCGCCUGCCUGGCCGGACUCACCCUCCUCUUCAGCGCCAUGGCCUUUGCCGUCUACCGCAGAUAGGCAGGGGGCAGGCGGGUGGGUGGAGGUGGACUGACAGACGGACAGAGUGGCCUCUGCGUGACUCCCACUCCUGCCUGCCUGCCUCUGGGCAGCUCCCAGGAGGAGGAGGAGGAAGGACAUGCACCAGAUCCCUCUGCAGCACCAACUCGGGAGUUGGCCCUUUGCUUGUGCCUCAAAUCAGCUCCUUCUGAAGAGACCCUGUUGCUGGAACCCGCCCCCCUUUUAGGCCUGAAGGGGGCCUAAGGCCUGGGGGGAGGGGGGUCCUGGAGGGAGGGGGUCAGGUGCUGGCUGUGACCCCCAAGAAACAGAGGAGGACGGAGGAGGAAGGGAGGCGCCUCUGCCUCGGACUAGGCCUGUUUUGGCAUUAAAGGCAAGCUGUGAAGGACUGGAA